AUGUCUGCAAAAGAGAGAUUAAAAGGGAAGGUGACCAAAGACAGCGUUACCUUGCUGCCAUGUUUCUAUUUCGUUGAGCUUCCCAUCCUGGCCUCCUCUGUGGUCAGUCUGUAUUUUCUGGAGCUGACAGAUGUGUUCAAACCAGUGCGGUCGGGUUACAGCUGCAAUGACCGAAGUCUGAGCAUGCCCUACAUCGAGCCCGCCCAGGAGGCCAUCCCCUUCCUCAUUCUCUUCAGUCUGGCCUUCGCUGGACCUGCAGCCACGAUAAUGAUAGGAGAAGGUAUCCUGUAUUGCUGUCUGUCCAGGAAAAAGAAUGGGGUCAAAACAGAGGCCAAUAUCAAUGCAGCCGGCUGCAAUUUCAACUCGUAUAUACGGCGAGCUGUUCGGUUUGUUGGGGUCCAUGUAUUUGGCUUAUGCAUCACGGCUCUCAUCACUGACAUCAUCCAGCUGUCGACGGGUUACCACGCCCCCUACUUCCUGACAGUGUGUAAACCCAACUACACCACGCUCAACAUGACCUGUGACGACAGUUCCUUCAUCAUAGAGGACAUCUGUUCUGAUGGAGCAGACCCAGCCGUCAUCAACUCUGGCAGGAAGUCCUUUCCCUCGCAGCAUGCUACUCUGGCCGCCUUCGCUGCUGUCUAUAUCUCUAUGUACUUCAACGCGACGUUGACAGAAUCCUCCAAGCUGCUGAAGCCCCUGUUGGUCUUUUCCUUCAUCAUGGGUGGCAUCAUCUGUGGGCUGACCCGCAUCAUCCAGUUCAAGAACCACGCCAUCGACGUCUACUGUGGCUUCCUCAUCGGAGGAGGGAUCGCCGUCUACCUGGGUCUGUAUGCAGUGGGUAACUUCCAGCCCAGUGAGGACACAUCCAGACAGCAACCCCAGCCUCCCCCGCUCCGCGAGCCCCCCAGGAGCAACACUGUGCCCAACGUCAGCCAGAAUGCAGGUCGCCACCUGCAGCUCAACAGCCUCAACAGCAUGAACAGCCUAAAUAGCGUGAGCACCGCCGACGGCCUCACCGCGGCCCACCCCGAGACCAUCCUGACCCGGGUGCCCUCCUGCCGUGAGUCCAGCUCCCUGAAUAAUCUGAAGAGGGCCAGCGCCGACUUGGAGUGCAUCACCCCGCCGAGUCCCAUGGGUAAACAGGACUGUCUGGUGACCUUUAACAGUAGCACGUUACCCAGGUCACAUGGUGGCUCACUACCCGAGGAGCACCGCGUCCCUCGCCGCCAUGCCAGCAUCCACUCCUCCAUGGACUCCACGCGCUCCAAGCAGCUGCUGUCUCAGUGGAAGAGCAAGAACGAGAACCGCAAGCUCUCUCUUCAGGUGAUGGACAGUGGGGUGGUGGUGGGACGCCACCAUUCAACGUCCUCCUCCUCCUCGCCUCAGAGGACCAUGGAGCUGAGGUGCAGCUCUGAGCCGUCCGCCAUGGGCCUGGAGGCUGAGCUCCGUGCUCAGGGACACAUCCCCGCCCAGUACAUGAAGCUGGCAGCCAGCACCGUGCCACUGUCCAACCACCUCCCCCACAACGGGGGCAGCAGUGGCCUGGCAGGGGGGGCCCGCGUGUCCAUCCAGUCCCGGCCAGGCUCCUCCCAGCUCGUCCACAUCCCAGAGGAGACGCAGGAGCACGUCAACAGCGGCACCUCCAGCUCGGUUCGCUCCAAGUGGCUGAAGGAUGGCGCCCCCUGCAGGACUAACAGUCUAACUAACCAGCCACGCAUCAUGCAGGUCAUCACCAUGUCCAAGCAGCAGGGUCUGCUUCAGCACGGCAGCCCCAAGAGCUCCGAGGACGGCAGCGUGGUCAGCUGCACAGGCUCCAUCCAGUACAAGGCCCUGAUGGACCAGGAGCCCGGCCAAGGGAUCGUGAGGGUGGAGGCCCAUCCAGAGAACAAGCCUGUGAUCAAGCCUCCGGACGGCAGUGGCUCCUGGAGGUGGAAGCCCCAGGAGCAGCGUGGCAGCAUCCGCCAGGCCUUCGAGCUCAACGACCUCAACCGCGACUCGGAGAGCUGCGACUCGCUCAAGGACGGCUACGGCUCCUUCGAUGGCAGGAGGAGCCAGACGGGCACCGACACCGGCAGCGAGCGCGGCAGUGGCGGUGGGGGAGGCGGUCACCCACACGUCCACCACCCUCACUACCACCACCAUCACCACCCCCACCAAGGCAUCACCACUAUCCGUGUGACCCCUGUGGAGGGACUAGGAGGAGGAAGCGAGGCCGCCUCCGAGACCCUCUCCAUCGCCUCCAGCAGGGAGUCCACCCUGCGGAGAAAAGGCAACAUCAUCCUGCUCCCGGAUAGAGGUCAGAGUCCAGACAACUCCAGGAACUAUUUCAAAGGGACAUCGCCCACACCGCCCCCCACCCUGGGACUGGCCUAUAGAGAGUGA